AUGUUCGAUACAGAAAGAUUAAUUGCAGAAAUACAUGCGAGAGAAUGUAUUUGGAAUUCGAGUAUAAAAGAAUACGGUGACAGAAGUUUACGUCGACUGGCUUGGGAAGACGUAGCGUCCAUUAUGUACGAUGAUUGGGAAAUGUUUAGUCCGACAAAGAAAAAUGAGACUGUCCUACAACUUCAAAAAAAAUGGAAGCAUCACAGAGAUUAUUUUGUUCGGGAAAGAAAUAAAGAAAAGAAGCGACGGACACCAUACUUAGACAUGUUACAUUUUUUACUUCAAUCUUUUAAUGAGGAAGUGAAGAACGAGAAUAUUAUCGACAGUUUCAACUUGGAUAGCUCAUCGGAGCAGUCAUCUGUUUCAAAACCGAUUCAAACCAAAAAAAUCAAAAAGAGAAAGGGAUUAUCGUUGUAUCAUAACCAUUUUUUAAAUUCUAUGAAAAAUAUCGAGGAAAACAACAUGAACCCCCACCUUAAUUUUCUUUUAUCCUUGUUACCAGACAUGGAAACGAUGUCUGAAAGACAAAUAUUCGAAUUUAAAUUUGAAAUAAUGAAGGUUCUACAAGAAAUUAAAUACAGUAACCACAUAACUUCUGGCUUCGAACCUUCAACUAGCACAUGCCAGGGCACCAAUGAUCCCUUGGAAGCAUCCAUAGUCAUUCCGAAGAAAGAACCACAAUAG